CACUGCAGAAACCUCCAUGAAUCUCAAAUGGAGGCUCUCAAAUCCCCGUUUCUUCUCCCAUCUCCGUCAAUCCCACCUCCGAGGACCAGUUUCGGUCUCCGCAAGCAACCGAUUCCACCGCCGCGCAGGGUUGUUCGGUGCUGCCUGCAUCCGGAUCCAUGGAGCCUGAGCUCCGGCAACCCUAAAAACAUCGGCAAGCUCAAGCCGAGGACCAGAAACCCUAAGAAUCCGCUCCCCGACGACAACGCGCGCCGCAUCAUCAAGGCGAAGGCUCGCUACCUGAGCGUGCUGAGGAGGAACCAGGGCUCGCGCGCGCAGACGCCGAGGUGGAUCAAGCGCUCGCCGGAGCAGAUGGUGAAGUACAUGGAGGACGACAGGAACGGGCACCUCUACGGGAGACACGUGGUGGCGGCGAUCAAGCGCGUGCGGAGCACCGCGGAGAUGCGCGAGGGGGAGUACGAUAUGAGGGAGGAGAUGUGCUCAUUCGUGGCGAAGCUCAGUUUUAGAGAGAUGUGUGUGGUGCUGAAGGAGCAGAGGAGCUGGCGCCAAGUUAGAGAUUUCUUUGGUUGGAUGAAAUUGCAGUUGAGCUAUCGGCCAAGCGUUAUAGUCUACACAAUUGUUCUGAGGUCGUACGGCCAAGGUGGAAAGAUCAAUCUUGCUGAGGAGACUUUCUUGGAGAUGCUUGAAGCUGGGUGUGAACCAGAUGAGGUAGCUUGUGGGACCAUGUUAUGCACAUAUGCCAGAUGGGGCCGCCACAAGGCUAUGCUGUCGUUCUAUUCUGCUGUAGAGGAGAGAGGCAUAACACCUUCAGUUGCAGUGUUCAAUUUCAUGCUAUCUUCUUUACAAAAGAAAUCACAGCAUAAUGAUGUUAUAUAUGUUUGGAGGAAGAUGGUCGAUAAAAGGGUAACUCCAAAUAGUUUUACAUAUACAGUUGUGAUUAGCUCACUUGUGAAAGAAGGCAUGGCUGAAGAAGCUUUGAAGACAUUCGGUAGGAUGAAAAGUACGGGUUUUGUGCCUGAAGAGUCCACUUACAGCCUUCUUAUUAGUUUGAGAUCCAAACGUGGUGAGAAAGAUGAAGCUCUUCAUCUCUAUGAAGAUAUGAGAUCUCGUGGGAUAGUACCUAGCAGUUUCACAUGUGCUUCGCUCCUUGCAUUGUACUAUAGAACUGCUGACUACUCUAAAGCUUGUUCACUUUUCACUGAAAUGGAGAGACUUGAUGUUAUUGCAGACGAGGUGAUUUUUGGCUUAAUGAUUCGGAUAUAUGGUAAAUUGGGUCUUUAUGAUGAUGCACAAAAGACCUUUCUAGAAAUCAGGAGAUCAGGCAAACUCAGUGGUGAGAAGACAUAUAUGACUAUGGCACAAGUUCAUCUCAGUUUUGGGAAUGUUGAGAAAGCUUUAGAGGUGAUGGAACUAAUGAAAAGUAGUAAUAUCCCCUACUCUAGAUUUGCAUACAUUGUCUUAUUGCAAUGCUAUGUAGCAAAAGGGGAUCUUUCAUCUGCAGAAGUUGCCUAUCAGGAUCUUUCAAAGACCGGACUUCCUGAUGCCAUGUCUUGUAAAGAUAUACUCAAUUUGUACCUGAGACUUGGUUUGUCUCAAAAGGCAAAACCAUUUGUUUCCCAGAUCAGAAAAGAUAAAGUUGAGUUUGAUGAGGGACUCUUGAUGACAGUCAUGAAGGUCUACUGCAGGAAUGGAAUGCAUAAAGAAGUUGAACAACUGAUUGACGAGUUGGGUGAAAGUAAAACAUUGGAUAGUCCCUUCCUCCGGACAUUUUCUAUGGCAUUGGAUGGACAAUAUAUCACAGCAACAGAAUUUGAAAAUUGGUAUGCGACCUUGGAUCAAUCUGGAUCAGUGGCAAUUGAGUUGGUGCUGACACUUUGUUUGGUAACAGAAAACGAACCGAAGAUGAAACAAAAACUUGAGUUUCUACUGAAGUCUAAGAUUGGUGAGUCGGUAGCCAACAAAUUGAUAAUCCAGUCCGUCAAAGAUGGUGACAAAACUGCGGAGUCUCUUUAUGAGCUAAUGACGAAACUUGGUUGCCAACUAGAGGAUACUUCUUUGGCAUCUUUAAUUAGCAUGUAUGGGAAACAAAAGAAGCUUGACCAAGUGCAAAAAGUCUUUGCUUCAAUGGCAGAUUCUGCUAGAGAUGGGAAGCUCAUAUCUGGUUUAAUGAUCGAUGCCUAUAUUGCAUGUGGCAGAGAAGAGGAUGCAUACUUAUUUUGUAAAGAACAGGCUGCAAGAGAACACAAUCUUGGUCCUGUAUCUAUAAGUAUACUUGUGAAAUCUUUGACAAAUUGUGGUAAAUACCACCAGGCAGAGGAAGUUAUUCGUCAUAGUUUCCGUGAGAAUUUGCAGCUUGAUACUGUAGCAUACAACACUUCCAUUCAAGCAAUGCUGGAAGCUGGAAGACUUCAUUUUGCUGGCAGCAUAUAUGAACGCAUGCUUUCUCUGGACAUUUCACCAUCUAUUCAGACAUAUAAUACCAUGAUCAGUGUGUAUGGACGAAGCCGGAACCUGGAUAAAGCAUUGGAGAUGUUCAACAUGGCUCAGGGCUUGGGUGGGGCACUGGAUGAGAAGAUAUGCACUAAUAUGAUUUGCCACUAUGGAAAAGCUGGCAAAGUUCACGAAGCAUUAGCCUUAUUCCGCAAAAUGCAGGAGGAAGGAAUAAAACCCGGGAAGGUGAGCUACAACGUCAUGAUUAACGCAUGUGCUGCUGCGGGACUAUACCAAGAAGCAGAAAACCUUUUGCUACGUAUGCAUAAUUCCAGCUGUUCACCAGACUCCCUUACGUACCUCGCCAUGAUUCGAGCCUAUGCUGAGAGUAAAAAAUACGAAGAAGCAGAGAAAACUAUCAUGUCAAUGCAGCAAGAAGGAAUCUCACCUAAAUGUGCCCAUUUUAACCUUGUGCUUUCAGCUUAUAGCAGAGCAGGAUCAAUGGUAGAAGCUGAUAGGAUAUACAGGAAAAUAGUAUCAAGCGGAUUAAAUCCCGACCUCGACUCCAUAUCAUCAAUGCUUAGAGGAUACCUCGAUUUUGGGCUUGUUGAAGACGGAAUCUCAUUCUUCAAAAGAGAGUGCAGCUCUGUUGGUCCAGACAGAUUUCUUCUGAGUGCAGCAAUUCAUCUUUUCAGAUCAGCGGGCAACGAACCACAGGCUGACGAGCUUUUAAGGACCAUGAAAAACUCAGGUGUUCCAUUCCUGAACAAUCUUGAAGUUGGAUCAAAGACAAAAAAACUUGCAUAAAAUAUUGGGAAAGCGUGGUACGCUGGAAAUCUCACUCAAAAUAGUCACAGUGGGAACGGAAGAACGGAAGCGCGGUAAGCUGGAAAUCUCUGAGGGUAGCCCAGAAACAUAUAAGAUAGAUUAUCCAAGAGUUAUUCAAUAGUUGAAGAUCUUUGUAUAUUUUUACACUGGGCUGACACAGUGAUGGAUGAUGCCCUUCUUUUUCUCUUCUGUAUAUUUGACUGGGGUUCUAUCCCAAUUUUCUUGGCCCUAUCUAAACACAAUACAUAUUCGGUUAUGUUCAAA